CAGUUGGGAUCAGCUCCAAUAAGUUCCGAGAUAUCAAAAUGCGAUCCUGGUUCUUGACACUCAGUCUGCUGCUCCUCGCAGCCUCAACAUUCCACACGGCCGAGGCACGCGGUGGAAGAGGUCGUGGUGGUGGCUCCUUUGGUGGAUUAUUUGGCGGUUGGCGUAAAUACAAGAAACCCUCGUCUUCGGGUGGCGGUCGUCGCGUGGUCAGCGGAUCUCCAGUACAUACGGCCAUGACAGUGCCGAAACCACCACCACCUCCACCACAACCACCCAAACCGAUGAUGGUACCGAAGCAGCAAGUGCCCAGCUAUCCCCGCCAGCAAAUGCCACGUUACGGCUAUGGAUCAUAUCCAAUGGGUCAGGCCAGCGGAACGGUCUAUGAGUCCCAGGCUCUGCCACCUGGAGCUGUAUUCCUCUCCCAGCCACCUGUGGGAAUGAAUCGGGGAUUAGGAGGCUCUGGGGACUUCCUAACCGGAAUGCUAGCGGGUCAUAUGAUGAACAACCUGCUCUUUGGCCAUCGUCACCAUGGUUCCCAUAAUCCGAAAUCGUGGGGAGGAGGAGCAGUGGCUCAGGGAAAUGGACGCCAGAUCAUCAUCGUCAACAAUGGCCAGCAGUUGCCGGAGGAAGUGGCUCAAAAUGAAACUACAAUUUCAGGGGAGGCAUCCGUUGUAGUUCCUCCCGAGAAUCCACUGAACGAGGAAGACGGAGCUGGGGAGGAGGAGGAGACCGUUGAGGGACAUGGUGAUGGAGACGAGGAGAGUGCCCCUGUUUCCAGUGAGGAAUCUCCAGACCCUGAGGCAACCCUUCCCCCCAUGCUCGAUGGCGGAAUCGUUUGCUUUCCCAUCAUGAUGAACGAAACGGAUCCCGAGAAUCCAGAGGUGACGCGACAAGUGGAGCGUGUGGCCUGCUUUCCAGUACCGCCCCACAAUUCGGUGAGCCCGCCACCCUGGAACCACCCCACCACCGAACCACCCAUUGUCGCCGGCGAUAUUGUGGGUGGCUCAGAGGCAGGUGGCUCGGUGGGUGCGCCAGAGGGACAACACGACGAGGGUGCAGGUGACGCCGUCGAGGUGGCCAGCUUUGUGGCUGGCAGAGCUGCCAAUGUCAAAACGGACUCCUCUUGAGUUUAGUUUCUGCUAGGAACUAAGUUAUAUGUAAACAAUAAUAAAUAAAA